GUGAGGAGUAGGCUACAAGCUUCAGAGAACGCGAGUGCUUUUACCUAGGCUACUGCUUCUGCGGAACUUGGUUCUUAGCCUAAAUCAGUGGUCUCCUCAAGCCUGCGUAUGUUGACUGAAACGUGACCGGUUUGAGUUCGUUUUUGUAACUCCUCUGGACUGGUUAUCAAAGCAACUUUGACUCGAUUCAAUACAGGACUCCCUCGCGAAUCGAUCUCCAAUUACUAGCCAUCAGAAGGGUCGUCAUUGGAAAGACUGUUGUAGCAAUCUCUCACUUUUAUUUAGUUAAAGCUACUUUUGGAGUUUAUUUCAAGCGUAUGACGCAUUGCGCAUCAUUGCCUCGGGGUUCGAGGGCUAGGCGCUUCAACAUGGACUGAAGCAGCCUAUUCUGGAUACUUUGAAAGUGAACAAGACAUCAAGAAUAAGAGAGAGCGAGUUGUUCUUCUCUAAAUUUCAGUAGGCUACAACAUCAACAUGGAAGAAGAAGACGGGCACCAGGAGAACGGUAUCCACGCCACCAAAGAUUCGGACCGACAGUUUAGACUGAGGCUCUGUGUUUUAAACGAAAUCUUAAACACUGAGAGGGAUUACGUUCGGACUUUGCUUUUCCUUCAAUCGGCCUUCUUACACAGAAUCAGGCAGACUGCAGAUGAACAGCAGUGUCUGGCCCCAGAACAUGUCAAGAUCUUGUUCUCCAACAUCGAGGCCAUCCUGGACGUUCACAAAGAGGUCCUGUCAGCCAUGGAGGGAAGCCUUCAGCCCGAGCCCCAACCUCAGCACGCCCUAGGACACGUGUUCCUGCAGUUUAGGGGUCGUUUCUCCGUGUAUGGAGAGUACUGCAGUAACCACGAGAAAGCCCUCCGCCUGCUGAUGGAGCUCAACAAGAUCCCACACAUCAGGACCUUCCUACUGCACUGUAUGCUGUUGGGAGGGAAGAAGAGCACAGACGUUCCUCUGGAGGGAUACCUGCUAAGCCCCAUCCAGAGGAUCUGCAAAUACCCCCUCCUGCUAAAGGAGCUGCUGAAGAGGACCCCGAAGAAGCAUCCGGACUACCCGGCGGUGGAGGAGGCCCUGCAGGUGAUGAAGGCCGUGUGCUCCAACAUCAACGAGACCAAGAGGCAGAUGGAGAAGCUGGAGGCCCUGGAGCAGCUUCAGUCCCACAUCGAGGGCUGGGAGGGAACCAACCUGACAGACAUCAGCACAGAGCUACUUCUCCAUGGUAACCUUCUCAAGAUCUCAGCAGGCAACAUCCAGGAGAGAGUGUUCUUCCUGUUCGACAACCUCCUGGUGUACUGCAAGAGGAAGUCCAGGGUUUCUGGGAAGAAGUCCACCAAGAGGACCAAGUCCAUCAAUGGUCCGCUCUAUUUGUUCAGGGGAAGAAUCAACACUGAGGUGAUGGAGGUGGAAAACGUUGAGGAUGGAACAGCGGACUAUCACAGUAACAACUACACAGUGACCAAUGGCUGGAAGAUCCACAACACGGCCAAGAACAAGUGGUUCGUCUGCAUGGCCAAGAAUGCAGAGGACAAGCAGAAGUGGCUGGACGCCAUCUUGAGGGAGCGUGAACAAAGAGAGAGCCUUAAACUGGGUAUGGAGAGGGAUGCCUAUGUGAUGAUUGCAGAGAAGGGAGAGAAGCUCUACCACAACAUGAUGACUAAGAGCCGCCACCUGAUCAAGGAUCGGCGCAGGAAGCUGAGCAUCGUACCCAAAUGCUUCAUGGGAAAUGAGUUUGUGUCCUGGCUGAUUGAGAGCGGGGAGAUCAGUAAGCCGGAUGAGGGGGUGAACUUGGGCCAGGCGCUUCUGGAGAACGGCAUCAUCCACCACGUGUCGGACAAGCACCAGUUCAAGAACGAGCAGGUGCUCUAUCGCUUCCGCUAUGACGAUGGAACCUACAAGGCCCGCAGCGAGAUGGAGGACAUCAUGUCUAAGGGUGUACGACUCUACUGUCGCCUGCACUGCUUGUACACGCCUGUCAUCAAGGACAGAGACUAUCAUCUGAAAACCUUCAAGUCGGUGGUGCCUGCAAGCAAGCUGGUGGACUGGCUCCUGUCUCAGGGCGACUGUUCCACACGCGAUGAUGCCGUGACUCUGGGGGUGGGACUGUGCAACAACGGCUUCAUGCACCACGUCCUGGAGAAGAGCGAGUUCAAAGACGAGUCUCAGUUCUUCCGUUUCUAUGCCGACGAGGAGACGGAGGGCACCAGCACCAAGAGCAAGCAGCUCCGCAACGACUUCAAACUCAUAGAGAACAUCCUGGCCAAGUCCCUGGUGAUUCACCCCGAGGAGGAAGACUACGGCUUCGAGAUCGAAGAGAAGAACAAAGCCAUUGUGGUGAAAUCUGUCACCAGGGGCUCACAUGCUGAGCAUCAGGGGGUCUGUGUGGGGGGCCCAGAGAGGGCCCUGGGAGGGUCCCGAGAGGGCCCCGGCCCGGCUGAGACAGAGCACAUAGAGGCAGCAUUAUUCUCCCAACCCAACCUCAACCCCAUGUCCCACACCCAGCACUGCGUCACCAGCAUGGGCGCUCCUUCCUGGAGCUGCUCCGGUCUGGAGGGCGACGAGACGGAGGAGAACGGGACGGGGGAGGGGCUGGUGGACGGCCGGCGCGACCCCCACCACGGCGAGGGCGGCCUGAGCUUCCUGCUGAAACAGGAAGACAUGGAGACCCAGGACUCCUACAUCCGCCUGUACAGCCGCCUGGACGUGGCCGUGAGGGAGAUGAAGCAGUAUGUGGCCCAGAUAGACGUACUCCUGUCAUCCAUCACGGAGCCCACCCAGCCCCAGGGCGGUGAGCCCCCGGCCUACGAGCCCCACAGCCAGCCUCCCACCCUGGCCCCCGUGGAUGAGGGCGACCCGGACAAGGUGGAGCACGGAGGCAUCAAGAAGGUGUGCUUCAAGGUGACCGAGGACGACCAGGAGGACUCGGGCCACGACACCAUGAGCUACAGGGACUCCUACAGCGAGUGCAACAGCAACAGGGACUCUGUCCUGUCGUACACCAGCGUGAGGAGCAACAGCUCGUAUCUGGGCAGCGACGAGAUGGGCUCAGGUGAUGAGCUGCCCUGUGAUAUGAGGAUCCCUUCAGAUAAGCAGGACAAGCUGCAUGGCUGUCUGGAGCACCUCUUCAACCAGGUGGACUCCAUCAACAGUCUGCUCAAAGGGCCCGUCAUGAGCAAGGCCUGUGAGGUGACCAAGCACUUUGACCCUGACCACACUCAGCCAGAGUUCCGCCAGACGGAGGACUCGACGAGUCGCUGUCGCUACGUCAUCCACAAGAACAUCCAGGAGGACCCAUGGAACCUCCCCAGCUCCAUCAAGACCCUGGUGGAGAGCCUGCAGAGAUUUGUGGAUGACGGGAAGAACCAGCUGCUGUUGGCUCUGCUCAAGUGUACAGACACCUCCCUGCAGCUCCGCCGUGAUGUCAUCUUCUGCCAGGCGGCGGCGGGGGCGGUGUGCACGCUGGCAGAGCAGCUGCUGGCGGCGCUGCGCUCGCGCCUCAACAACGCGGGCGAGUACGAGGAGGACAGCAAGGAGACCAGCCGCAAGUGGCUAGAGCAGGUCGCUGGCAUCGGGGUGCUGCUGCACUUCCAGGCCACGCUGGCGCCACACGUGAAAGAGGAGCGCACCAUGCUGGAGGACACCAAGGCCGCCCUGCUGGACCUGGACAAAGUCACCGUGUUCUUCCGCCAGCUGGAGGACGAGUACCUGGUCGCCAACACGCCGGUGUGUUACCAGGUGGAGGGUAGCCGUCAGGCCCUGAGGGUCACCCUGUACCUGGACAGCUGCCACUUCAGCGAGCUGCCCACACGCCUGAAGAACGGAGGCAGCCUCAAGCUCCACACCGUCCUCUUCACCAAGGCCCUGGAGAGAUCUGAGGGGCUGGCUCCGCAGGAUGCAGUGACCAUGGAGGAGUUUCAGCAGCGGACCAACGCUCUCUCCCUGGAGAGGGUGAAAGCUUACUACCGCAGACUCAGAGCCUUCUACCUGGAGAAGUCUAAUCUUCCCACUGACUCAAACACCACAGCUAUGAAGAUAGACCAGCUGCUACGGCCCCUCAACACCCUGGACGACCUGUGUCGGCUGAUGCAGUCCUACGUGAACGCGCGACCCAGCGCCCAAGGCCACCCCUCCGGCACCAGUGUCCUGUGUGUGUCCUCGGAGCUGUGUAACCGUCUGGGCGCCUGCCACAUCACCGUGUGUGCCACUGGCAUGCAGAGGUGCACACUGAGUGUGACCCUGGAGCAAGCGAUGAUCCUGGCCAGGAACCACGGACUCAUGCCGCGCUGCUUCAUGCAGACCAUGGACAUCAUGCGCAAACAGGGGACAAGAGUUGAGCUCUCUGCUAAAAACCUCAAGGUGAUGGACCAGAUGCCCCCUGCUGCCCCGAGGCUCUUCAAGUUGUGUCUCCCACCCACAGACGGAGACAUGUAGGAGAAGCCUCGCUGGUCCUGGAGCACUUCUUUUUACUUUCUAAUGUUGAUCAACUCAAUCCUCGUUGACCUGAGGUCAAAGGUGAAGGAGGGGAGGGUGAACUGGGGGGAAUGGGAGAAGGCUCUCCCUCUAAAAGACUAUAGCAGAAGGGUGUCAUGUUUGGGUGGUCUUAAACAGAGUCUGUCCACGGAAACAUUCCAUCAGAGAAGCAUCACAAGUGUGGGUGCCAAAGGAGGUUCUCUCCAUGUGGCACACAGCUCCACAGUCAUCCUAACCACACACUCCCUAGUCCCCCAACACACAACUGUUGCUGCCUAUGGCAGUCUUCCUACCGUGACACUGGUGAAACUAAUCUGGCAGCCCGCCCCAAAAAUAGUAGUGUUGUGUCACAGACCUGGAAACUCAUCGAGGAACCCUCAGAGAUGCCAGGAUCAGAACCGAUCUCAGUAUUUAGGACCCCAUUACAGAUAAUGGUCACUUCUCCAAGCAGGGCUAUAUUAUUAACUGGAUUAACCCAACUACCUGUUAGUGGUCCCUUAUCUCUCUUAUCUUGUAUUCACUUUGCCUUGGACUGCUAUUCGAGAGCUCCCUGUCUUCCCCUGUCACAGUCUUGUGUUUCUUGGGGAUUAGAUGCAGUGUCUACUAUACUUUCUGGAAGGACAAAGACGUAAAGGGAAUUGAUCCCUAAACCUGGUUUUGUUUAUGUGAUGCAAUUUGUAAUGGGAGAAAAACUGCAUCAAGGAGAACAAGAUUGUUAAAUGAAUAGAUGGAGGGAUGCAGGUAGGGAAAGAGAUGGAGGGAGGGAUGGAUGGAUGGAUGGAGGGAUGAAUGGAUGGAGGGAUGAAUAGAAGAAUGGACAGUGUGGAGGCUGCCUUUGCCUCCUUGCAUGCGGUGAAUGUGCAAUUACUGUAGGUUUAGUGUGAGUACUGUAUUACUGCACAAUACUGUAUGAAGGACAGCUAUUUAUUGUAUCCGGAAGGAGCAUUUUUAUUCCUCAGUAAUAUCAGGUAUUAAAGAUUUAAAAGCAUUCCAGCCUACGUAUCAUACGGUAUUUAAUGGACCAAUGGCAUGCCGUUUCUCGAUUUUCCUUAUGUGAGCAAGUAUUAAUCUUCAGGGAGUGUUGCAGAGAAAGGGGAAUAUGAGUCAGGGGAAAGCACCUAACCAUGAGCUGUAAUGUUUACCAACAUGCAGCCAAACAACAGGAUAGCAGUUCACGUGUAAUUAAUAAGCUUCAUCUAUUCAGUCUCAUGUAUGCCUUGCAGAGUUCUCAUCACAAGUUUUAAUUGUAUUUAAUACCGCUCUAGAGUUUUCUGUUUUGAGAUUUUAAUAUUUAGGUAUGAGCACAAUGAUUCAUUCAAUCACUCACACACAACACGGUGGCAUGUCAACGUACUGUAACCUGUAUAUGGAUGGUGUCAACAAAAGGGAUCAGGCAAGGAUUCGUAAACAGUCACGUUAUUUUAUGGAAAACUUUGUUGUUUUGGUGUAAAUAAAGUCUGUAACAUUGACUGCCAGAGAAAAUAGCAUUUUGUUUUAGGCCUUCGAGGCAAGAGGGUGACGCUAUAAUUUAAAUUGGAUUAUUUUUAUGAAGAUAAUAUAGUAUGUAAAACGUAAAAUUAUUUUGUAUUCAUACAUGUACAGUUUUAAAUAAACUGCAGGAUUGAGCUGAAUCUAUUUGACAAUGUUGUUGACUUCCAAAAUGUCUCCACUUGCAUUUCAGCCUGGUUUGUGUGUGUUACUGAGAUGCCGUUUGAAAAUCAGUUUUUACACAUCCAUCGCUCCUUUUUAUUUAUUUCAAAGAUCUCAUCAGGUUACAAUUGUGUUGGUUACAAUUCUCUCCAAUCCCCACCACCAUGACCAUAUACAUACUAGAAAACUAGCAAUGCUGCAGGUUAUUAGAACAUUUGAAUUUCACCUCACAUCUCACAAUACCUUACAUCAAGUUGAAUAUGUUUUAGUUAAGGUUUUUGCACGCUUACAACUUAUAGAAACUAUGAAACGUUCUGUCUCUACAACAUUGUCUCUACUCAGUGGUGAACUGUUAGUUUGUUCUCUUGUCUUUCCUCACAGCUUAUGUAAAAACAGCAGUUUAUUGGUGUCCCAUAAAACAAAUUCACUAGUAACACCAGUUUUGCUUUGUUUUAAAAUUUCAAUUCUGUACAUACUUUGUUUGCAAUGUUAUGUUGCCUGAAAAUAAUUGUACAAAAGGAAUUUUUGAAUAUCUCUUUAUAAAAUUAUUAUUGUAAAUUUAACCUUAACAUGCUAGUAAAUAAAAUGCUAUUCAC